AUGUUCCGCAUGUCGUAUCGUUUCCUGGCACGCGCUCCCCUGCGCAAGGGGAUUGUGAAGGUCGCAAAGCCGGUGAAGGCUCAGCCCGCCAAGGCGUUGGCGCAGCCGGCCGUGUCGAUCCUCAACGCUCCCGUUGCGCCGCCGCUGGAAAUGCAGGCGCCCAAGAUGCCCGCGCUUGACGUCACGUCCACCGCCAAGGCGGCAAGCGCCGCGGCGAGGCAGAAGCUGGCUGCUCUAAAGAAGCCGGCGGCAAAGAAGCCUGUGAAGAAGCCGACAGCGGCGAAGGCGAAGGCGAAGGCGAAGGCUCCGGUCCCACAGGAGAAGGUCGCGAAGGCGAAGGCGCAGCUGACGGGCGUGAAGAAGCCAAUGAAGCUCGCAAAGGCCAGCAAGCCCAAGGCGAAGAGUGCACCGAAGCCCCCGGCGGCUGGGCUGCAAACCCCGAAGACGGCGAAGCGCAAGUGA